UGUCUUUUCUCCGACAGCUGUUCUCAGUUCCGUACAACAGCGGUAGCUUUUGCUUGGUAUAGGGCGAGGCUGUUUUUGGGGUUUCAUUAUGCAAACGAAAUGUUUUAAGUGUUUUUGUCUGGGGUAAACCAAGGAGGAUGCCCAGGAUGGAAAGGGACAAAGAAGUUACGGACCCCAACGCCUCUUCCGUCCGAAGAAGCGAGCAAAUGGAUCCACAAGAGCCGCGUUCAACUGAUACCCCGACGAUGAGCUCUGAUCACCACAGCGAGGGUGAAGAAGCGGAUAACGAGUCUCAUUCGGACAGGCCCAGCAGUAGAACUUCCGAAGAGGAAGCCGGGGAACGUGAUGAAGAAGAUGAGAUGGUCCGGGAGAGGUCGCCGCCCCUGCGCCACAAUCGCGGAUCUGCCCGCAGUUGGAGUAGUGGGAUGGCGGGGACAACGGAGGACGCUCCUCGGUCUCAGUCCACAAGCGCGUCAGUGCACAGUACAGCAUGUUCGUCGAAUGGGCUGUUCUGGUGGCUGCGACAAAGGACGCUAGGAAGGGGACUUUUUGUAGAUCCUGCCCGGGACAAUUUUAGGACGAUGACGAGCAUGUACCGCUCAAUGAAUCCCGCGGAUUCGGUGAAUCUGAGCACAAAAACGCAUGGUGCCGUGUUCAAUUUGGAAUACUCGCCUGAUGGAUCAGUGCUGACGGUGGCCUGUGAGCAGACCGAGGUGCUGCUUUUCGACCCCAUCUCCUCCAGGCACAUCCGCACCCUGGUGGAGGCCCAUGAGGACUGCGUCAACAACAUCAGGUUUCUGGACAACCGCCUAUUUGCCACUUGCUCGGAUGACACCACCAUUGCAUUGUGGGACCUUCGGAAUUUGAACUCCAAGGUGUGCUCCCUGCAUGGGCAUGCCAGCUGGGUGAAGAAUAUCGAGUACGACACCAACACCCGCCUCCUCGUCACCUCUGGCUUCGACGGAAACGUCAUCACCUGGGACACCAACAGGUUCACGGAGGAGGGCUGCCCGCACAAGAAGUUCUUCCACACACGCUACCUGAUGAGGAUGCGCCUGACGCCCGACUGCUCCAAGAUGCUCAUCUCCACCUCCUCGGGGUACCUGCUCAUCCUGCACGACCUGGACCUGACGCAGUCCCUGGAGGUGGGCAGCUACCGCACGCUCCGCGCGCGCCGGACCACCCUCGGCGCCGACGGCUCCAGGACGGUGGGCGCCCCCCGCCGCGGCAACGACCCCAGCAAGGGCUCCGCCCAGUCCUCGCCGAGGGAAGGCGCUCCCCCCAGGAACAGCCUGGAGGUCCUGACGCCCGAGAUCCCAGGUGAGCGAGACCGGGGUAACUGCAUCACCUCCCUGCAGCUGCACCCAAAAGGCUGGGCCACCCUCCUCCGCUGCUCCAGCAACGCCGAUGACCAGGAGUGGACCUGCGUGUACGAGUUCCAGGAGGGCGCCCCCCCUCCGCGGGCCGCCGCGACCUCGCCCCGCCGCUCCCUCCGGCUCACGCACUACAUCGAGGAGGCCAACGUGGGGCGGGGCUACAUCAAGGAGCUGUGCUUCAGCCCCGACGGGCGGCUCAUCUGCUCGCCGUACGGCUACGGCGUGCGCCUGCUGGCCUUCGACGGGAGCUGCGGCGAGCUGACCGACUGCCUGCCGAGCGACUCGCUGCCCACGUCGCUCCGGGAGGUGCGCUCCAUCUACUCCCACAGCGACGUGGUGCUCACCACCAAGUUCUCCCCCACCCACUGCCAGCUGGCGUCCGGCUGCCUCAGCGGACGAGUCUCUCUCUACCAGCCCAAGUUCUAGACCUUGGGGGGGGGGGGCGGGGUGGUGCCGGGAGGGGGCGGCCCCGCCCAGAAUGGACGCUGGCAUUGGUGGAGGGUUGCUCCGUGUCCUUGCUGAAUCGACUCAGCUGUCCUCUCCAACUCUGAAUGCAUCAAUAAUUUGAACAGGGCUUGAAAAAGAUUGUGGGUUUUAUUUUUCUUAUUUUUUUUGAGUGCUAGAUCGUGGUCUUUCGGAACUAGGGCCGAGCAGCCCCUUUUGGGAGCCUCGCGUCUCAGGAGGGAGGGGGUCCGGUAUUGCGAUCUGGCGUCCAUGUGUCUCCUCUCUCUGUCAUGGGUGGAGGCACAAAACCACUGGCUAAUGAGAGCAAACCCCUGGUAGGGUGACUACUGGAUGCUAACCUUAGCUGUAGCCCCUGCCGUGCGACAUGGACAGAAUUAUGGAGGCCAAUGAAAGCUUUGUGUGGGGUUUGACUGUGGACUCGUUGAGUAUGGAGCUCUGCUGGAUGCCCACUGAAGCUACAGUGCACUCUGUUCUUGGAAGGCCCUCACUGAAACUCAGCCCCGCCGCGCAGCGAUACAAUCUGGUAAUUCCCCGUGGCAACUUAAACGUGAAGGACACUUUCCCCAUUCACUGGGGAACUUGACGAUGUCAUUAAGCUAAUGUUCCAGAAGGAGCUAUGCCAUAUCAGACCUGAAGAAUCCUUGGUUUCGCAUGGGGGAACUGAAACGAGAAAUGCCCCAAGCGUCGAUAUAACCUUAUGGCGACUGCAGUAUACUGUAAAUGGGAGAUGGGUUGGGUGAGAGAGACCGGCUCAGGUGCCUAUACUUUAUUAUUGUACGUACUUUAUUAAACGAUGGGAAAUGCAAACAGCCAGUCUAUUUUUAUUAGCGCCAUUGCCGUUGCACGUUAAUGCUAACUGUCUCCCGUUUGAACCGUUUUGUUCGUUCGUUCGAAUCGUUUUCCUUCGUUUGAACUGUGUUCUUUUUGUGCGUCCUGCGGUACUCCCGAGGAAAAAGAACUCCCACGUGGCUGAAAGGUCGAAAUGUCGGAAAGUCCUAUUCGGAGGUGGUCUCGACGUUUCUUCUGCACUUUACUCAGGCCACAGGACCGUUGAGAAAAAUUCUAAAUCACACUUUGCAGUCCUGCCUUGUUCUGACAGCAGAGAGAAGCCCCUUGCGUUCACUUUGCUCGUGUGCGUCCUCACUGCAGGAAACAGGAAGUGGGUUCUUGACCAUUAGCCGCUUAUAGAGUGCGCUGGCUAUCCUGUGCCUCAGCGUCCCUCACUCCAAUCCCACUGGUGCUUUGUUACUGCUGCUGAUAUUGCAACAGUUAAGAUACUUAAUUGAUUAUUAAUUAAUAAAUUUCCUUCUGUGUCCUUCUGCCGCUUAAUUUUCUGUCCUUGUUUUCCGUUUUAGUUUAUAUUCGUCUUCACCUAACAGUUGUUUAAAAAGUUGAUUAUUUAAACCCUGGAGCCUAUUUGUAAAUAUUUUAUUAUGGAUUUUAUUAUUCAUAUUGUUGUGCUUCAGACACUACAAUGUGGUUUCACUGUUUCCAAAAUGUAGCGCAAUGGCCUCGUUUUUCAUUUGCUUUUGUAACACAUUGACCCCCAAGUUUUAAGUAUGUUCUUGUAAAGGACAUGUAGGCUAGUUGUUGUCAUGUUCAAAGUCUUUAAACUUGCUUUCUUCUCAUUCGUUAUGAGAUUUAAUAUGUUUUUAAAUUUGUUUGUCAGGUCAUCCCUUUAUUGACAUUCAAACCAACAAAGUGUCGUGAGGUCAGCGUAGCACCUGACCUUGAAUACAGAACACAGUACACAGUGGGUACUUUCUUUUGGAGCUACAAACACCUUCAGCAUAUGCAUGAGAUUACAUCCCCAUGUUGAUUUUAGCAGCUGUGAUCUCAAUUUUCUGGGAUGAUACCUGGUUACUGGGUAUAUGUACCUAAGUUCUAUGUGCCAAUAAGUAAUUCUGUGGUUAUGAGUGCAACUAUGCACCCUGGAAAUGGUAGUGUCAUGACAGUACCUUAAUUUACCACUAGAUGGUGAAAGGGCACUUAGGAUGGGUUCCAACAUAGUUGGCUAAACAGUGCUUGUAUUCUGAUUUUUAAAGCCAGUGCACUACAUGUGAAUGCAGUUUUUCUUUUUCUUUUUUAUUUUGGAACAUUACUGUUAUUUUCUUUUCCCCAAUUUGUCCUCUGUUGAAAAUGAUGAAUGUGGAAGCUUGAUCAGCAAAACACAAGGCAUUUUGGAAAGACAGUUGUUGUUGCAGCUCCUGUCCUGCAUGACAAGGGGCAGGAACAAAAUGGAAUUUAAAAUAAUAAAAAAAAAAAAUGUGGUUUUAA